AUGGGAUGCUUUGCACAUACUUUAAAUUUAGUAGUUCAAUCGGCUCUUACUUUAGAAAGUAAAGUUAAGACCAUCGUCACACAUUUUCGAAAAAGUACAGAAGCCAAUAAUAAACUGAAAACAUAUCAAUUCAAUAAUGGCGUAGACGAACCAAAAAAAUUGCUACAAGAUGUUCAAACACGGUGGAAUGCCACAUAUUAUAUGUUACAACAUUUUAUAGAACUAGAAAGUUCCAUAAGAGGGACAUUGGGGUUGCUCGAUAAAGCACCUCAGAGUUUAAAUUGUGAUGAAUGGACAUUAUUAAAAGAAUUGUGUACUGUACUUAGGCCUUUUGAAGAGGCUACUAAAGCAGUAAGUGGUGAAUCUUAUAUAACUGCAUCAAUUGUAUUGGCUCAAGGUUUAUUAAAUGCAUGCAAAAAAUUGUCGACGAUGAAAUUUCAAAAUAGAACACAUACUAUUAUAAAAAAACUUAUUAGUAAUAUGGAAAAUCGUGAUGCAUGGAAAAAUUUUGACAUGAAAAGAUCCAAACAAAUUGAUGAACAAAAUCAAGACCAACCUGAAUAUAUUAGUGCAGACACUGCGUCAACGUCAAAUAGUCUAUCGAUUUGGGAAACUAUUGACACUAGCGUAGCUAAAUUAAUGCCUUCAGGGACCUCAAAGUCACGUGCAAUAAUUGAGGUUCAAAGGUACUUGGAAGAUGGUAUACUGAAAAGAAAUUUAGAUCCACUUAAAUGGUGGAAAGAUCAUAGAUAUAACUAUCCUUACUUAAGUAUUUUAUAUAAGAGGACUUUAUGUUGCCUUGGUACUUCAGUUCCUUGUGAGCAUAUUUUUUCAAAAGCCGGACUCAUUUUAAAUGAUCGUCGUUGUCGUCUCAAAAGUGACAAAGUAGAGAUGUUAUUGUUUUUAAACUAUAAUUCAACAUAA